AUGGAGAGAAUCCCAAAACUCCACUAUCAAUCUGUUGAAAUAAUGACUUUAGGAAAUGAAACAAAAGUCAUUGAAAAUUAUGCCCUAAUUAAUGCCGUGAAUUUACAAUCAAUUAUCAUUCCACCUUCAGUCAUAGAGAUUGGCGUGGAAGCUUUUCGAGGCUUAAAGAAGCUCAGAUGCGUAAGGAUAUAUGGUCAGCCUUCUAUUGGCAUGUCUGCUUUCAUGGACACUAAAAUUUCCUGUGGUAUCGAUUGCUAUUCUUCUCUGAUUGAACCUCUCAUCAUUUCAGGUGUGAAUAGAAAGUCAUUCAACUAUUGCUGUUUGACAGUCGUUGUGCAAAAUGCAUUUUGCUUCAGAUCAUUAUUGGAUUUCCAAUAUUGUGUUUUUAAUUUAAUAUAA